AUGAGGAUGGAAGCAGCCAUCAUGAUGCAAUCGACCAAACAGUCAUGGCGCAUCAGCGUUAGUGAUUUCGAGGUGCCACAAGUACCUAAAGAACACUCCUUUGGCUCCUUUCUGUUCUCCGUGACUCUUGGUAAGCAAAGCAAGAUAGCGAAGUACUAUAAGAAGCAACAGAAGCUUUUGGAGGGAUUAAAUGAAAUGGAAAGCUUCAUCGAAUUAGGUUGUUUAGAGGAAGCCCCCACACAGGAUGAGUUAAAACAGCUAGCAAAGAGUGAAAGCAUGGCAGUUAAGCUUUCCAACAUAGCCAACCUGGUCCUUUUUGUGGCCAAAGUGUAUGCAUCAAUUGAAAGCAAAUCUUUGGCAGUUAUCGCUUCCACCUUAGACUCUCUUUUGGAUCUUCUAUCAGGUUUUAUUCUUUGGUACACGGCAUAUGCCAUGAAGAAGCCUAACCAAUUUAGCUAUCCAAUUGGCAAGAAACGGAUGCAGCCAGUGGGCAUUGUAGUUUUUGCUUCUGUGAUGGCUACACUUGGUCUGCAAGUAUUAUUAGAGUCUGGUAGACAGCUCCUUAUGCAGUCCCACCCUGCUAUUGAUCAGAAGAAGGAGAAAUGGGUGAUUGGUAUCAUGACUUCAGUAACCAUCGUGAAAUUUAUCCUCAUGCUUUAUUGCCGUAACUUCAAGAAUGAAAUCGUUAGAGCUUAUGCACAAGAUCACUCAUUUGAUGUCAUGACUAACUCCAUGGGUCUAGCAGCAGCCUUGCUUGCCAUUAGAUUCUAUUGGUGGAUAGAUCCUGUUGGAGCAAUAAUGAUAGCUUUAUGCACGAUCAGUACAUGGGCAAAGACUGUCAUGGAGAAUGUAUGGUCAUUAAUUGGGAAAACAGCACCCCCUGACCUCUUAACGAAGUUGACUUACCUCAUUUGGAAUCACCAUGCAGCAAUCAAGCAUAUUGCUACGGUUCGAGCGUAUACUUUCGGUUCUCAAUACUUCGUUGAGGUGGACAUUAUCUUGCCUGGGAGGACAUGA